AUACCGCACAUAAGGAUGCAGAAUAGCAUACGCGACACUCCGACAUUUAGGUUUGCCGCUAGAUCAACGCGUAAAACGGGCAAAUCCCGCGCACCGCAGGACGAUUAACACCGCAAUAUUUUAUUUUUUUACCUCAAUACCGCCAUUAGAAAAGCAAAAUCUCGCAGUGUUUUAAAAAACCGCAUCACCGCAUGUUUUUUGCUCUUUUACCGCAAUAUCGUAUAAAAAGGCCAAUACCGCAUAAUCACUCCGAAAUGACGUCAUCAGGCCCGGUCACUCAGUAUCGAAGAUUCCUUUUCGAAGGGUAGUCAGCACUAACUUUUGCGCUGUAGAAACGACCUCAAGUCCAGAUCAAAACAUAAACAUUCAAACAGAAAUCCACUAUAUGUGACAACAGAAGACUUUAAUUGAAUUUUACAUGGUUCAGAUGGACUUAUGAUGAGAUUGAUUUGGUUUGUGUAGCCAGCAUUUGCAGCCGGGUCGAACCUCCAAACCCGGCGACUGUUGUUUAUAAACAAACUGUGACAAAUCCACUUCACUAUGUUGCGGCGUGUGGUGGUAGAAAAUUAUGUGAUAUUCAAAGGCAGACAUGAGUUAGACUUCAUGGGAAGAGAUGGCUGCAACUUCUACACCUUUGUAGGUGAGAAUGCCAGUGGAAAAAGUAGCUUGGUCGCCUUAAUUAAAGCUGCAAGUAACUUGCAAGAGGAGGGACCAGACUUUGAAGUGAUUGAUAAUUGUAAAGAGUCCAAGGUUGUUUGUGAAUUUGAGUUUAAAAACGGUGCGGAGUUGAUACGACAUUGUGAUCACUGCAAUGAGGCAUCAGCUACACAGUUAGUAUCUCCUGGUCUGAGUUCCUGGUUUUCAGACGACAUCCUGAAAAUCCCAACGCCAUUCUUUGACCAGAUCUUUGAAUAUUGUAGAGGUGGAACAAAACGGAUCCAGGUACUUGCUGGUCAUCGACAUCAGUCAUUACCACAAACAACAGAGUCUAGUAGGAGAAAAGAAAAUGAAGUAGAUAGAAUUUCUAAUUCUCAGUUCUUGUAUAUUCUUAUGGAUGAUGGUAUUCUUGUUGCGACAAAAUCCGGCGGACAUCUUAUCACAGGGUUUCAUGAGCCUCUACCUGCGGGCGUGAACCCUGCUGACUGGGUGCCUCAAAAGUCAUUCCUAAUCAACCGCAGAGAGGUUCCUUACGCUUCUGAAGCCAUUACCGAUGGAGAGGUUUCCACCAAUACCUCAUGUGCAAGCUUGGAUGAUCUCUUCCACUCAAACAUGCCCCGUAAUGCCAGUAUGCAAUCUAACAUUUCCAUGGAAAUGACAGCACAUGACCAAUCAGAUGAAGGAGUAAGGCUACGUCACGCUAGUAUUGACAGCUGUCGAUCAUCGCUAGCCUCUGUCCUGUUAAAAAGACCAGCAUGGCGGCGCCAGUCAAGCUAUGGCGGCCUUGCUUGGUCAAAUUACCAUGAGCUGAAGAAAAUCAUAGUGGCUGAGCUACUGCAUGAUUUUCCUGACGAGUCUGUUACUGAGAUACACCCCUUGUUCCACGAGAUCAUCGGCGAUAAGUCCAUCACUUUUGAGACCCCCAAGGGUGAAGAUGUCUUCCAGGUCAUGGACAAUAAAACAAAGCGCGUCAUGCGUCGCAUCCCAGAAGGUUUAUUCAGCGCAUUCAUCAUCGCCGCCUUGUUGGUAAAACCAAGCACGCGUAACGUGAUCCUGGAUGAGCCGACCCGCGGGAUGCACCCGUUACAGACCCGCAGAUUGCGCAAUAUCCUGAUGCGUGAGUCAGUGCGCAGGCGCAAGUGCAUCAUAGCAACAACCCACUCGCCAGAGCUGCUGGAUUGUGAUAGGAUCACGCUAAUCUGGAGGUUUCAGCUGUUGCCUGAUGGCUACUGUCAGAUACGUCGCGUCACCGCGAGGUACUCCGAGAGAGAGCUACUUUUUAUAGGUGCACCGGAAGUGCGUGAGAUCUUCUUCAGCCGUCACAUCAUUUGGGUGGAAGGCGAGAGCGACAAGCGAUUCAUCGAGGCGUUACUAGGGCUCUUUGACGAGGGGCGUGGCGCGCUAUUUAAAGCCCUUCAAGUUGAGCGGGCGGAGCGAUCGUUUUCAAACGAAGAUAGUAAUAGGUCGUUAUCCCCCGACUGGACACCCCCUCGGAGUCGAAGUCCAUCCCCCACCCCCUCCCACAGGGGGAAUGACGCAUAUGUGCAGAAACUGCUGCAGGAUCCCGCGUAUGAGCGCAAGUACUAUACCGCGGAGGAACUUGGCAUGAUACAAGAAGCUGUGCGGAGUUGCAAGGUUUUAAGUGUUGGCGGUAAGAUGAAUCUAUGGAAAGGCGCCGCCAUUUGCCGCGAUCUUCACAUACCGUACGCCAUCAUAUGCGACCUAGACGCAAUCGUACCCAACUCCCGUGAAAACUCCAUCCAGUCCCAGUUCGAAAGAGCCGAGGGAGACUGGUACUCCGCAAGUAUCCCACACGCGAAAGCGAAACUCGUAGAUGAGGAGGAGGCGCCAGCGUCUAAAGCAAUCGAUGAGACCGAGCAUGCGCAGUUGGCGAAACUACGCUCGCUGCGAACUGUGGGGGAAGUGAUUCGUUUUUACGAACAGAAUCACUAUAUUUUCGCUUGGUGGCCCAUGGGAGGGGAGAUAGAGGACGCAGUUAGGCUUACCAAAGCCCAGUUCGGGAAGAAGCUCUGGCCAGAUAUGCUUUCCGAGGAGAUUAAGUCAUUUAUCUUGUCACUCAUUGACCCGCGCAAGCUCCUGAUUAAGAACCCGAAGGACAAGGAGGCGAGCAAGGGACCGAAUCUAGAAAUUUUGAGGUGUAUUUAUUUUAUUAUACGAUUCUUCAAAGAAACUCUAGAAAAGAUUUCAUAGAUAUUAAUAUGAAUUAUGAUGCGAUAAUGCUAUUGAAUAUAUAUUUUUGAUAUUAAUCUUUUCGAAUAGUACCAACACGUUCCCUGUUUCCAAUAUGGUUUUGGAAGUUUAGAAAGUUUGUGUACGUUCCGGCCAGGAAACGAGGAAAGGGAACUGCAGAGGAGAGAAGGUACAUUCCCUAAGGGGAGGGAAGCCAGCCCGGCGCUCUCGAUACACGCCUAGGUCUUAGGCUGCCGAUUACCAAACCGUUUUAGAGGGCAAGGCUAUCUGUUACACGUUUGUUUACGCAUGGAAUUUAAAGCCUUCCAUUGGUCAUACUAGGGUUUAAAGUCAAAAUAUAUACCGAAUUCAAAUAACGUUGUCAGUACACAUGGCAACUCCAAGUCCGAAAGGUUCUUAUGGGUACUAAUAAUUCGCAAACUUAAAGGUUAACAAUGAACUCCAGCGAUGCCAGAGCCACAUAUCGAUGGCCUUUAAUGGAUUAUUGUUUUAUUGAUCCAGAUUAUCCUACAUUUGGUUGAAAUAUGAUUAGACCCAUGAUACCCUUCGUUCGUAGAACUGCCAUUUGCCAAUAGACAUUUGCCAUUUACAAAGGUGUACAAGGAGAAAUACCGAGGGAUGAAUAGAACGGUUCAGGAUAGCUUCCAUCUCAAAUGAUAGAUGUUUAAAUAUACCGUGGCACAAGCCAAACCCCUUCGGACGUUUAUCGAGCCCACCAAGAACGCUAGGUCAUCGAGCAUAUCUAGGUUCUUGAGUAAGGCCGUUUAUUAAUUAAUCACUGAUCAUCAAUAAUUUAGAAUAUAAAGUGUGUGAUAGAAAAUUAUUAUUUCUAAAAUAAAUUUAACACAAA